GGGGUUUCGACCAGCCGCGCCGAGGUUCUCCAGUCUUUUACCAAGCUCAGCUCUCUCGCUCCGCUUCGGUGGGGGGGUGUCUCCAAACACCGGGUCACCAUGGCCGACGCCGAAGCGGAGACCUUGCGAAGCACCUUUCCCUCCUACAUGGCGGAGGGCGAGCGGCUCUACCUGUGCGGGGAGUUCGCCAAAGCCGCCCAGAGCUUCAGCAACGCUCUUCAGCUGCAGAGUGGAGACAAGAACUGCCUGGUUGCCCGCUCCAAGUGCUUCCUGAAGAUGGGAGACUUGGAGAAAUCCCUGAAAGAUGCUGAGGCAUCCCUGCAGAGCGACCCGACUUUCUGCAAGGGGAUUUUACAAAAGGCCGAGACGCUGUACACCAUGGGAGAUUUUGAGUUUGCCUUGGUAUUCUAUCAUCGAGGCUACAAGCUGAGGCCUGAUCGGGAAUUCAAAGUUGGCAUUCAGAAAGCCCAGGAAGCCAUCAACAACUCGGUGGGAAGUCCUUCUUCCAUUAAGCUGGAGAACAAAGGAGACCUCUCCUUCUUAAGCAAGCAGGCUGAGAGUAUGAAAGCCCAGCAGAAGCCUCAACCCAUAAAGCAACUCUUGCACAACACCAAGAGAGAAUCCAAGCGGAGGGGCUCCCUUAAGAGCGAGAAGACCGUCCGCCAGCUGCUGGGGGAGCUCUAUGUGGACAAGGAGUAUUUGGAGAAGCUCCUGUUGGAUGAAGACCUCAUCAAAGGGACCAUCAAGGGCGGCCUGACCGUGGAGGACCUUAUCAUAACAGGCAUCAACUACCUGGACAGGCGUAGCAACUUCUGGAGGCAGCAAAAGCCCAUCUAUGCCAGGGAGCGAGACCGGAAGCUGAUGCAAGAGAAAUGGCUGCGGGACCGCAAACGCAGACCCUCUGAGACUGCCCGCUACAUCCUCAAGAGCCUAGAGGACAUAGACAUGUUGCUGACCAGUGGCAGUGCUGAAGGGAGUCUUCAAAAAGCGGAGAAAGUGCUGAAGAAGGUUCUGGGCUGGGACAAGGAAGAGGUGCCCAACAAGGAUGAAUUGGUCGGCAACUUGUACAGCUGCAUAGGCAAUGCCCAGAUUGAGCUGGGGCAUAUGGCGGCGGCCCUGCAGAGCCACAGAAAGGACCUGGAGAUUGCCAAGGAGCAUGACCUUCCUGAUGCAAAAUCCAGAGCCCUUGACAACAUUGGCAGAGUUUUUGCCAGAGUUGGGAAAUUCCAGCAAGCCAUUGACACGUGGGAGGAAAAGAUUCCUCUGGCCAAAACCACCCUGGAGAAGAUCUGGCUGUUCCACGAGAUUGGCUGCUGUUACCUGGAGCUGGACGAGGCCUGGCAGGCCCAGAGUUACGGGGAGAAGUCUCAGCAGUAUGCGGAGGAGGAAGGAGACCUUGAGUGGCAGCUGAACGCCAGUGUUCUGGUGGCACAGGCACAAGUGAAGCUGAGAGACUUCGAGUCGGCUGUGAACAACUUUGAGAAGGCGCUGGAGAGAGCAAAACUGGUCCACAACAACGAGGCACAGCAGGCCAUCAUCAGUGCCUUGGAUGAUGCCAAUAAAGGUAUCAUCGAAGAACUGAAGAAAACCAACUACAGGGAGAUACUGAGGCAAAAGACAGAGAGUCAAGAGGUCACUGCACUGAUGGAGUUGCCCACGAGAGGACCAGAGAAGGAAUCACCGAGGCGAGCACGGGAAGACACCAUGAAGCAGUGGGAAAGAGACCAAACUGAGAGUGAGAAAGAGACGGAUGAUGAGGAAUUCAAGCAGAAAUUGGAAACAGAAAAAGGCAAAAGAGCCUUGGAAGAACAUGCCAGAAGUCUGUCAGACAAGGGCAGGACAGUGAUCGAAAUGGACGGGACAGAUUCUAAGGAAACACUGCAGAUGAGGCCUUCAGAAAAAUCAGACCAAAUGCAAUUUGGAGAGUUAAACAGCAAGGACUUAGGAGGCCUAGAUGUGAGAAUCCCGGAAGGAGUCAGCAAAGUGGCUGAGGGGUUGGGAGACACAGAAGAAAAGGGAGACACUGAAAAUACUGAAGAAGUGGAAAAUACAUGAUUGCCACGGGGGCCUUACUAGACUUAAAAGGCGAGAUCUGUUUUUGAUUGCUCCUACAGGUCACCUCCACCUGCCACUGUUUUCCUAUUAAAUAUGUACCUUUCACUUUUGCAAA